CAUCGACACGCCACAUUUCCCGGACGUGGAGCUUCGCGCGCGCGGCUCAUGCCCGAAUCUCUGGCCAGCAGCCCACCAGGACGCAGUGCGAACGCGUGAAGCCGACCCGCGGCAUGCGUGAGUGAGUGAUCCGGCGCUCUCCCGUCAGUCUCCUGCCAGUGCCACUGUGCGUGUGCGAGUCGUCUGGUGAAAUAUUUGGGUCACUGGGGAAAAUUCGAUACAGCGCGCGACUGCAGCUGUUAUGCAGUGACCUCGCCGAUGGGAUGUGACACGGCGGUCGAUGGAGGAGAUUCUGCGACCCGGUGUCAAUGUCACCAGUGUGAUGUAACUGAGUGGUGUGGAAAAAUUCGUGCGGGCGACCAAAGCGUGUGAGGAAGAUGGUUCGAAUGGUGGGUUCCAAGUUGCUGGCGAGACUUCUGCUCCUAAUUUCGUCCGUGACGCUCAUCUCCCUGCUGGCCCUCACGCGGUGCGGCAUCGGAGGACUUGUGGCAGACAAUGUGCUCAUUGCAGACGAAUCCGGUGCAACAAAGAUGGAUGUUCAGCAGCAGAUGGAGGGUGAGCAACAGAGGGGAUAUCUGCAAUUGCUUCAGCAGCGCGAGGAGGAGAAUCGACAAGAAGUGGCCAAGCUCACUGCGGAAAUUCGCUCGCUCAAGCUUCAAUUGCUCCAAUUAAAAAACAAUCAAGGUCCAUCGCAGACCUCAAUCGGCCAGGAAGUGGCGGUGACAAUCAAUGGAACGACUAAUCUGCCGCCCGUGACUUCGGCGCUGCACGACUGCACGGCGUUCGUGAGGAAGCAAGUCGGUGCCGCAGAGAUUCUGCACGGGCUUCCGCUCAACAAUGAGUACGAGCUCAUUCCCUUCAAUCACUUCACCUUCAGCCGCGUGUACCCCAUCGAGUUGGGGCUGGGCAAGAGGGUGGUGGAGAAGCCGAUCGGCUACAAGCGCAAGGAUCUCCUGGAUGCACUCAACAGGGCGCUGGAGAGCCUGAAUCGCAACGUGACGCUCAAGUACACGCUGGACGACUUCACGGAGGGCAUCUAUCGCAAUGAGCCCACGACGGGGACGCAGUACGAGCUGUACUUCCGCACCAAGGACGGCGCCAACAGGACCUCGAACUCCCAUCACGAGCACACGAAUCACGGCGUGACCAAAGUGGUCGUCAUGCGGCCCUUCGCGCCCCUGCAGACCAUCCAGAUGGAGGCGUACCCAAAGGUGCACGAGAAGGAGCUGAUUCACAUAAUCCUGCCGCUGUCCGGACGCUCGGCCACUUUUCAGAAUUUUAUGGACAAAUUCUUCCGAAUUGCACUCACGCACGACCGACGUGUCCACUUAACGGUGGUGUACUUUGGCAAUGAGGGACUCCAGGAGGCGCGCGCCAUCAUGAGUCGUGUUCUGGGUGCUAAAAGUGGAGGCAAUUCAUCCAGUUUGAAACUUUUAGCUUUAAAUGAAACUUUCUCGAGAGCCAAGGGACUCCGUGUGGGGGCGGAGAAGGUGUGGGACGCCACGGACAAGAGCAAGAGCAAAGAUGUCCUCUUAUUUAUGUGUGAUGUAGAUAUCGUGUUCAGUGCUAAAUUCUUAGAUAGAUGCCGAUGGAAUGCUAAACCUGGGAAAAAGGUUUACUAUCCGGUCGUGUUCAGCCUCUACAAUCCGCACGUGGUGUACACGCUGCAGGGACGAGAGCUGCCGCCGGAGACUGACCAGCUGCUGAUAUCGCGCGACACGGGCUUCUGGCGUGACUUCGGCUACGGCAUGACGUGUCAAUACAGAUCGGACUUCCUCAAGGUGCGCGGCUUCGACGAGGAGAUUGUCGGCUGGGGCGGAGAAGACGUGAUGCUGUACAGGAAGUACGUCAGGUCAUCGAUUAAGGUCAUCCGCGCCACGGAUCCUGGAAUCUUCCACAUCUGGCAUCCAAAGGUCUGCACAGGAGUUGCGAGUGGCCAAAAGCUCACCGCAGAUCAAUAUCGCGCCUGCAUUCGCUCUCGGGCCCUCAAUGAGGCCUCCCACGCGCAACUGGGUUUCCUGGCAUUUCGGGACGACAUCGCCGCUCACUAUCAGGACGACAGCAAUGCCACAAAACUGCACGUUUCGCCACAGAAGCUGCCCACAAAGCGCAUUUCCACGUCGACGGCUCGCAGGACCACCUGAUCUUACGCGGGGCACCAGGAGAGCUUCUGGAAAAUCGAGUUCUGAACCACAGCAGAUGUGCAUAUAUGUAAAUAGUGUAGGACACAAUUUUCCCUCUCAAUUGUCUCCUCUUUCGCGAUUGGAUUGCCAAAACAUGGAGAAGAAAUGGGCGUGAGAGUCUUCUAGCGUCGCUUUGGAGUUCGGGAAAUGCGAUUCUACCACUCAAAUUACAGAAUUCGCAGUCAUUUCGAUAGGGUUUUUUGAAAUUACACUGCUGGAAUGAUUGAUUUUUGGUGAAAUUGAGGCGUGUUCUAUUGCGAUUCAGCCGCAGAACAACAUUUUGGCUCUGAAACAGAGGAUUUGCGGGGAUGGUUUGAGGAAUCGUAUCUCCUGAAAGCCACACAUUUUGGCCCAAGGCAGACGAGGAAGGCAUUCACUGGCCGGAGAUAAAAGGUAAAUGUACGCGAGAGACGGUAAAAAAGCUCGUCAUAUUUUACACCGGAAAUAAUUUUGCCUUUAAAUGCUAUUUAGUAGUGAAAUAGUGGGUUCUAGCCGGGGGACAGCGGCGGAGCAAAAAAGUUCUGCCGAUAGCUAAAUGGAGCGCGCAAAUGUUCAUGGUGCUACUGGCGAGAAAAAAGUUUGUAGCUGAUUUCAAAGAGAUCCGUAAUGGUGUGUUUUAGCGCAAAAAAGCGCCACACUCGCCAUGAGAGAUGAAAAUCGCGGGAAGAAGAGCGGAAGAGUCAGAUUAAAAUUGUUCCAAUUUUCAAAUAUGAGAAAUCGUCAUGAAAAUAAAAAUUUUUAAACUAAAACACAAUAAAAAUUGGGACAUUGAGUGGAAAUAGCGUGAAGAAUUGGCACAAUUGCAAUUUGUCUGUUGAUUGAGGGAAUUGUUUGUUGGGAAUAUUUUCGAAUGAUGAUUUUUGUACAACUCUGAGACCAUUUUCACGGCAAAUUUACAGUGCGAUGUGUAGACAAAAAAACCCCGCGAGGGGGAAAAAGGGGGAAAGAGUGAAAGUGUACACUUUGCAGCUUUUUGACAGACACAAAAAAUGCCAAUCUCUGUGGUUUCAACGUUUUAGUGGGAAUCUGUGGGAUGAUUUUGCACGCGGAAUAAACGAUAUUUGUCACUCACAGUGAUAGAAAAUUCAUCCUACAUGAAUCAUGCUCUUGCCAUCCAUAGAUUCCUAUUUAUCACAUACACCAUUAUCAGUAUUAAAUCGCCCGACGGUGAAGGAGAGCAAAUGAAGAGCUUUCAAGGGGGUGAAAGGACGGUGAAAUAUGAGUUUUCACUCAAAGAGAACUCUCAAUGCAUUGAGAUUCUAGAGAUUCCCUUCUGGAACAAUCGUUUCAAUCGACUGGUAAUUUAAUAACAAAUCACAGAGACUUCUUUUUCCCUGUGUCAUCAAUCUGCAAAGGCGUGAAUUGACGAGGGAAAAAGAGCUGAGAAACGAUAGACUCAAAGUUACACAGAUGGAAUAAUUAAAUUUCUCUAGAAUAAGACAUGCAAAAGUCUUCUACACUUUAAUUACUUCUCGCCUCCAACGCUCUCGAUGUUCAAUAAUGAAGUGGAAUUGCUAAUUUCAGCGGAAAUCUUAUAUCCUUUUACCUCCUUGAAGGCGUGCGAAUGCCCUCACGCCGUUCGCAUUGUCAAUCGAUAUCUCAAUGGCUAUAAUUUACUUCCCACAAUCGCUAAAAUACAUAAUCUCCCAUCGUAAAGCUGCUCAACGGCCGCAGAAAGUAUAAUGAAAAGUGAAAAUUGAAUUGAAUUGAAUUAACCUUUAUAAGGUUUCGCAGGUGAGAUUUGGGGCUGGCGAGUGAAGAGAAUACAGACGAGAAAAGUCUUUUUUUUUGUAAAUAGAACUAUGAUGAUAAAAUUUAUUGUAAUAUUGUUUUGAAGAUUGGUGGAAGAUGUGAAGAAGGAGAGAAGGAAAUAAAUUAUUCGUUAAAACAUAA